GAAUCCCUAUCGUUUGUAUCCUUUUGCUUUCUUUUCUCUUCCAUUCUUCCUUCUUCCUCGCUCUGUCUCUUGCUGCUUAUAACGAUUGCAAACUCAUUCUCAUUCAUUUCCAUUCGUUUCAUUCAACUCACUGCUUCUCUUCAGCCUACUACCUGUUUAUCUGUUUUGACAUUCCCACAUCAAAGCGUACACGCAUUUACGACUCCUAAUCCCUAAUUGAUUUUUUGUUCACUCGCCAUCAUAUCCGCUUCGUCGGCAGCAUCCUUAAAUGACAUUCGACCAAUCUUCAUCUUCCUCACAUCGCACUCAGCGCGCACGCAGCAUGGCCACAGAUACACGAAAGAGCCGCGACACUGUCCACAACCGCAAUUACUACAGUCAUGAAAUUAAUACUCUCCCCCCUCUUCCCACUCUCGAUACAUCAUCGCCCUUCCAUGGUCCACCACAUGAGGUUGACCUCUACAGUCGACCCAUAUCACCGCCCUUACCAGCAUCACCUAUAAGCUCCAUUGAUCCAAAAAGGGAGACCAAGGCAGUACAGCGUCAAAAGAAGGAACAAAUGGUACUCAAACUCCAGCAACAGCAACAAACCUUGGAGAAGCUAAGGUUGGAGAGGCAAGAAAAGAUUGAACGACAGCAAGCGAAAGUGGAACGCAAGCACAAAAGAAACGAGUACAGGCAAAUGUAUCAUGAUCAAUACAAUUAUCAACAGCAGAUGGAGGAACGUAGAGCCGAGAAACGCCAGCAACUCUCUUUACCCAUAUAUACCACACCAACGUUCUCAUCCACAUCCUCAGGAAAUAGUAGUAACACACUCUUACCUCCAACAAACGAGAUCUAUUAUCACUCCAGUCGAUACUACCAUCGCAAUCGUCCUUCACAUCAAAGCAGAGAGCACUGCCAACACCAUCAUCAUGACAGUCUCUCCUCUUCAAACUCGGGCAGCUCUUUCCGCAAAGUGGAUCUGCCAGACGAAAAGAUGCGUUCUCUCAGCUUGAAGAGUCAUUCUACAAAGUCCAUGUAUGAUCUCCGGCAUUGGACAGGCGCACCUCAGUCACCUACAUAUGACUACCAUUCAGGAUAUGAUAGUGAUGACACAGCCAUGUCCCAUGGGUGGGAUUCGCUCAUGGACACAUUACACUCUCCUGUUAUACCCUCCGCCAUGAGUUCGCCCCCCAUCAUUUCACCUGGGUCAGAAAGUUGUUUUAAGGACGAAACAGACAUGGAUCAACUGGACUCUUGUCUGAAUAGUCUCUCGCUCUCGCAUGAAGACUGCAAGAAUGGCAAUGGCAGAUAUCUACUAGAUUAAUUGACAUGAUGCCUAUUCAUUGCCCACGUUUCUCCUGUUAUAUAACAUCUUUAGUGCUGGGAGCUAAUGGUAGGACAGGGAUUGAGAUUGUGAAGCAAGGUCUAGACCGCAAUUACAGGGUGACCGCCUUUGUCAGGGACGACAAGGUGCUCCUCGAAGAUAGCAGCCUUCGCAAGAAUCAGAAUCUUCUUAUCGUCCGAGGUUCUCCAACGUGUCAAGCAGAUGUUGACCGUUGUGUCGAAGGCCAAGAUGCUGUCAUUAAUGUGAUUGGAGCACGGCUCAUGUCAAACGACACGACCAUCAGCUCUCAUUCACAAGUUG